AUGGAGACGAAGGAAUUGCCAAUCAGGUCACCUGCUGUAAAGGAUAGGCCUCGGCGGAGAAACUUUGAUUGGACUGUUGAACCCAGACCGGAGAAAAUCACUCCGUUCCAGCAAUUCAUAUUGGAUGUCGAUUGGGAAAAGUCACCCCUUGGACCUAUCAAGCAAUGGCCAGCGCAGCUUCAACAAAUGGUCUUGCUCGUUGUUCAAGAUCCGUCUCCAGCAGUUGUGUACUGGGGAGAAGAUGCAAUAAUAGCGUACAAUGAAGCGUACACCCACUUGAUUGGGCAGAAGCACCCAGCACUGCAAGGGCAAGAUCCCAAGAUAGAAUUCGCUGAGAUUUGGGAUCACUUUGAGAAACUGUUGACAAGACAGCGAGAAACAGCCGAGACGACCGUCGAAGGAGACGCUUUCUUGCUGCUCCACAGACAUGGGUUUUUCAAGGAGACAUACUUUAGUUGGAAGUUCGUGCCGAUUAUUGGUGAAGAUGGUUGGGUAGUUGGUUCUCAUGCGACCGUCGUAGAAGUUACUCGCGAAGUCAUCCGCGAUUGUCGGAUGGGAAUGGUUCGAAAUUUGAGUCGUCAGCUUUCAGGAUCCCAGACCAUCAAGGAUCUAUGGAGCAAAAUUAUUCGUGGGAUCGAAGAUGCGGACAAAGAUAUCCCACUUUCCCUGCUCUACUCAAUCGAUGAUCCAACGAUUGGCUCACGGGCAACGUCGAAGUCUUCCAUUCGGUCUACCCCGAGUCGUCUAUCCUCAGAGGAAAGCUCGCCCAUUUCAUGCAUCCUAGAAGGGUCAUCUGGUAUUCCUCCUGGCCAUCCAGUAGCAAGUACAAGUUUAGGAUCUGAGAAUGACGACCAUUGGUUGGCACCACUCAUUCGGAAAGCCGUCAAGGAGCGGAGUCUUGUUGUAGCACCUGUGGAAGAUAAGGUCGCUGGCAUGCUUCACGGUUUGGAAUGGCGCGGACAUGGUGUUCCAUCUACACAAAUUGUUGUCUGCCCAAUUAUUCCAACAGAUUCAGACAAUUUACUAGCUUUUCUUGUUGUCUUUCUCAAUCCCCGGAGGCCAUACGACGAAGACUACCGCUCAUGGCUCCACCUUCUGACUCAACAAGUCACAACUCCUCAGCUAUCAGCUGUCAUUCUCCGAGAAGAGGUCGAACGCCGCCAAUCUCUAGCACGACUUGCGGCACUCGACCGUGAACGUUUAUUUCGUGAGCUCACUGAGAGUGAAACCAAAUUCGCAAAAUUUGCAACUCGAGCGCCCAUAGGACUUGCAAUCCUCGCUCCUGAUGGAACUGCCUUAUCAGCGAACGAUCUCUGGCGAGACUUGACCCAACUGGAUGUUGGAACUGAGUGGACUGGGAAUCAAAGCAUUUCUAUUCAAACACGUAUUCGGAGACCGUGGCAAGCGCCAGAUCUGGACAUGAAUGGACACAACCAAUGGGCCGAUACCGAUAUCUUGCUCGCGAUGCAUCCAGACUUUGACGAUGAUGGCGAAUCUUGCAUUACUGAUGUCAGAAAAAUGGACCAAGCGAUUGAGAUGAAGAAGCAACAAGAGAGAUUCAUUGACAUGACUUCGCACGAAAUGCGAAAUCCUCUCUCUGCUCUAAUAGGCUGUGCGGAUGAGAUCAUAGCCUCACUCAACGAUUUUCGACGAGAUCUCAUCAGAAGCUCCGACCCUUCAGCUAUAUCACAUCCCAAAGCCUCCUUAGCAGAGUCACUCCACCUCUUAACCGAAGCUAUCGAAGCAGCCGACACGAUUAUAUACUGUGCCAUGCAUCAAAAACGCAUAAUAGAUGACAUUCUCACUCUUUCCCGCCUAGACUCCAACCUUCUCCUCGUCUCACCUGAACCCUCCCAACCCAUUGUACUCAUCGGGUCUGCUCUCAAGAUGUUUGACUCAGAGCUUAAGCGAGCAUCAACUAAGCUCGCUGUUGUAGAGGAACCAUCUCUCAGAUCUCUGAACGUAAGCUGGACUCUACUCGAUCCCAGUCGGGUGCUACAAGUUCUCAUAAAUUUGAUGACCAACGCGAUAAAAUUCACACGUACCGAAUCGACUCGAGAAAUCAGGAUCACCAUGGGCGCUUCUCUCACCAAACCCAGCGAGAAGAAUGCGUUUGGUAUGCAAUAUGUACGGAAAUCGCACAACGCAUCAGAUCAAACCUCAAAAUCGGAAUGGGGUGAUGAUGAGAAUGAGAUCAAGAAACUGUUUCACCUCUUCGCACAAGCAUCACCAAAAACUCAUCAGACAUACGGCGGUUCUGGGCUCGGUCUUUUCAUUUCUCGACAACUGGUUGAGAUGCAAGGUGGUGAGAUCGGCGUCGCUUCUCAAGCUGGAAAAGGCUCCACGUUCCAAUUCUACGUGAAAACUCGCAGAACAUCUCCACCUACAGCCUCCAACGUCCAAAAUACUGAUUAUAGCCAAAACGGCAAGGAAUUCCAGCUACUGGUUAGAGAAGAUGCAUUGAGAGAAGCUUGUGCGGUGGAGAUCUCUGCAUUGCAGAACGGGACAAAAAUGCCAAAUCUGGAGAUGGAGAACACUAUUCCGAUGAGCCCUGCGCCAUCUAAGGAAAAAGAGGAGACCGUCUUCCAUAUUUUAGUUGUGGAGGAUAAUUUGGUCAAUCAGAAAGUUGUGACUAAACAGUUGAGGAAGGCCGGGCAUGUGGUUCAUGUGGCAAAUCAUGGACAAGAAGCCAUCGAUUUCUUGAAGAGGUCGGAGUUCUGGGCUGACUUCAACCCUUCCGGGAAUCAUCACUCUAAUGACGGUAUCGCAACUAUCGACAAAAGAGGCGGAGAGGGAGCGGAAAAACUAUCUGUGGUCCUGAUGGAUCUUGAAAUGCCAGUGAUGGAUGGUAUUGAAUGCGUGAAGAUGAUUCGAACAUUGCAGGGACAACAGAGGCUUAAGAGCCAUGUGCCUGUCAUUGCCGUUACCGCGAAUGCGAGGAAAGAUCAGAUUUUGAUGAGUUUGGAGGCUGGGAUGGAUGACGUUACGACGAAACCAUAUCGAAUUAACGAUAUGUUACAACAAAUCGAGAAGUUGGUAGCUAAACAUGCACAAAGUGUCGUUUAA